GACGGGGCCAUGCCCCAAGAGAAGGUCGACCUCUGGAGCAAGGUCCGUGGCGCUGAGGUCGUUGGGACUCACAUCAAGGCGACCAAGUCCAUAUACGGCAACACUUUCGCCCCCAGCGGACUGGUGGCCGUUGCCAGGGCCUGCCAGACGAUAAUGUACGGCCUCAACACGCCGGACUUGCACCUGCGGCAGGCUGCGGACAUGAACGCCGGCGGCGAGGGCUGCGAGCAGGGCGGCGCUGAGGACGUGUGCUGGCGCUUCGCCACCGAGGUGUGGGAGGCCAGCAGCCACACCCAGCUCGUGGGCGUCUCGUCCUUCAGCAUCGACGGGACCAACGUCCACUGCAUCCUGCAGGGGAACAGGGGCGCCGACGUCCUGAAGCGGUCGGACUUCUCCAGCAGCAUCCGGAAGAUGCAGAGGAGUACCGGCGUGGAGAAGCCGGGCUCCUGGCUCAAGCGCGAGUCGAG